UCUCUACAUUUGCACAUCUUGUGUUUCUUUUGAACUACUUCAGUUCUGCUUUGCUCAUAAAGCAUAGCACCUUCUCUCAGGAGGGCAUACCAUGCUGGGUGGUCCUGUACCAGUGUUUCCCAUGUCACACAAUCAAUUCCAGAGGUCUUAAAGGAGACACUGGGAGUGUCCUGGUAUCACUUCUUCGGACCACCAUGAGAACGCUUGCCCCCUGUGAGUUCUCCAUAACCUCUCCCUUAACCUUUGCCCACAUCAGAAAUACACACACACACACAGAGUGUGCAUAUACAUGGAUACACACAUAUGAAUAUACAUGUAAAUAUAUACUACGUAUGUUGUGUAUUUCUUAGUAAAUUACACCCUAAGGCAAAAACAAACAAACAAAAAACCAAGCCCUGACCGCUUGGAAUGCCUUGGUAGGGGGAAGCAGUCAGCCCCCCAGCUUACUGCUUGCAAGUAGUACCAUGCCAGGGGGAGACCACACAAUUUCCACGUCUUCUUUAUUAAGUGGGAGCCUCUCUGUUACCUCUUGACAGUAGCAAGAAUAAGAUCACUGGAGUGAAUGAGAAAUGAUCAGGUGAAUAUCAGUAAAGGAAAGAGAGGUCCCCCUUUCUAUGAAUUUGGCUGAGAAAGGCAGGAUCGAUUUAAGAGAGUGGCUUGCGGGAAUGUUAGGGUCCAAUGAAGCCUUUUUUAAGGAGGGCAGCUGGGAAGGAGCCAGUGACUGGAGGAGGGGGGAGGGAAGAUCUGAGACAAGGUGAUGAAAUGCACUAGUCGAAAGUCGCCCGGUGCCAAACGCAAUACUUUGACCGGCUGUGCACGGGGCAGAGAAAGGCGCUGGAUCCAGACAGAGGAAGUGACCUUCUAUGGGGCACUGAAUGCCCAUCACACGCAGCCCCGGGGAAAGAAAACAGCCUCAGACAGGCCUGCAGCAGCCCAGGAACCAGGGCAGCGGCUCGCAGCCAGAACCUACGUCAGCCAACCACGAAGGGCGGCGCAACAAUGGGGCACCUGACAGCCAAUCCUCGGCGAGCUCUCGGCCCCAGCUCGUCUCCGUCCAAUGAGGUGCCAAAACGGCAUGAUCCUGCGCGAUCGUCGCCCGCCUAGAUUCCUGGCUGUCUUUUUGGCAGUUUGCUGUUGAUUACUCCCGCAAAGAGUUUGAGAGCGGGGUCGAAGGGCAGGGCUUCGAGAGCGGCCCUAUAAAAGCUGGGGCCGGCCUCCCAUAACUCCUGCCCGGUCGCCUUUCUCCACCUUUGGCCUCCGGACCUAGGCCGGCGCAUAGUCCCUUUUGCGAUCACGCCUGCGCAGAAUGGGAGGGGGUUUGGUAGGGUGUGUGGAGGCGUGCCGGUAGACUCCCUUCCGGAGGGCCCUGCCGAGCCGCGCCUGCGCAGAGGUGCCUGAUCUCUUCCGCAGAAAUGCAGUCCCUACUGUUCCUGUGCGCUGUGCAGGUGACCCGACACCAUACUCUGGCGUGCUGGGCUCUGGCCUCCCUGCCUCGGGAGCUGUACCCGGCCUUAUUCCAGGCCGCCUUCAUGUAUGGCAGAACGCUGGUGCUGCAGGCACUGGUGCAGACGUGGCCCUACCCAUGCCUCAGCUUCCGGCAGCUGCUGCCCAAGCCCAAGCAGCUAGGCUGGCCCGAGCGGCCCCGCAAGGAGAGUGUGCAAGCCGUGAUCCUGGCGCUGCUCGCAGCGCCGCGCAGCAGGGAAUCUAGCAGCAGGUAGGUCCCUGGCCACAUCCCUUUAUCAUGGGGUAGGCAAAGAAAAGGAGCCUGACCUGGAACUGCCAAACUAGGGACUGAACCAAGGCAGUUGGAGCCUGGAGCCUCAACCUGGAACCUCAACAUCUUCCUCAAGGGCAUCUAUUCAUCUCUUUUAUUUGUCAAGGUCUUCUGGUUUGGAGAGGAAGUGAGGAAUAUCUGACUUCCGUUCCCUUCCAGCUCUAUAAGUAUAAUAAUUAGCAUUUUAUGGAGCUUUAAGGUUUGAAAAGCACUUUACAUACG